AUGCAAUCUGCCGCACAAAAAUUUCUCGGCGUUUCAAAUGAUGACUCGAAGUUGAAGUCGAAAAUUAAUUAUAGCCAGCACAAGAAGAUGCAGCGAGGCUCAAGUGACAUUGUUGUUGAUACGAACAUUGGUGUUGAUGUUGCGGGUAUUGGUGGUGUACAAGUUGAGUUUAUCGUCAUCAUUGUAGAUGAGGUUGCUGUCGCAGAGCAAGUUGAUGGUUGUGAGACUGGUGGAAAUGCGAAUAAUAUAGGUGUGACACAAGGUGCCGGAGUCGCAUCCGACGAUGGACUGGCUGUCAAUACAAGGCCUAAGCGACAAACCAAUGCAACUAGUGCAAUCAAGUCACCGUUUAAGGAGAGGUUGGUUGAUGUGAACUCGAAACUAGAUGCAAAAGAGAAGAUGGUGGAUGUCUCAUAUAAUAACAGUGAUUCUUAA